UUGCCAGAUAGUCCAUUUGGUGUGUUAUAUAAAUACUUAUUUAUAUUUAUAAAUACCGCGCAAAUUAAAAUCUCUAGAGAGAGAAAGAAGAGAGAGAAGCGGUUGGGUUGAGGCAGUAAAUGUCGGAGACGACGACGGCGUUUGCUCCGAGAGAGGCUGUAGUUACGGCGGGUUUCCCCAAACUCAACUCCUCUGUUUGCGUUGCUAGUAGUACAUUUGAUCUGCGGUUCCCGGCGGCGAUUGUGAACGCGUAUCGGAUCUCCAACGUUAUGGAUAGGUUGGCCACCAUUCUAAGACACCAACGUGUAGACACAGCUGAGUUUUUCAAUCUCUGUCUUACCCUCGCCAGGGGUAUUGAUUAUGCAGUUGCAAAUAAUUUCGAAGCAACUAGAUCUCAAGAUUUAUCUGCAGUGGUGAAGCAGAUUUGUGAACGAAGAAGUGAUCACUCCUUACAAGCUAUGAUUAUGGUGGUAAUGAUUUCUGUAAAGAAUGCUUGUAAAGUUGGAUGGUUUCCAGAAAAGGAGACCCGGGAACUUUAUACUCUAGCUAAUGAGAUAGGAAUGUUCUUCAGCAGUCAAGGGGGUCAUAACACUGCACCUAGCUGUGUGGAUUCUAAUGUUGCAACAGUCAUGGAAAGGUUUUAUCCACACUUGAAGAUGGGCCAUAUUCUUGUUUCUCUUGAUGUCAAGCCUGGAUAUGGGAUCUACACAGUUGAUUUCAAUAUAUUGAAGAACAACGUGCAGUCUCAAGAGGAUAAGAUUCGGUUAUUUGUAGCUCAAGUAGAUAAUGUGGAGACAUCUGCGUGUAUCAUAACUCCUCAACAAGUAAACUUCAUUGUGAAUGGAAGGGGAGUGGAUAAGCGAACUAAUGUUUAUGUGGAUGCUGGGCCACAAGUGCCAACUAAUGUGACUCCAUUGUUAAAAUAUGGAACAAAUCUACUUCAAGCUGUGGGCCAGUUCAAUGGUCACUAUGUUAUCAUUGUUGCCUUUAUGAAAGAGACGAAAUUAUCUGACAUUCCAGUCCUUUCAGAUUAUGUUCAGCCUCUUGCAGGUGGACUUCAGUCAGAUCUUGAUCUGAUCGAAGGGCCAUCCCGAAUAUCACUUAAUUGUCCAAUAAGUUAUACUCGUAUUGGUACUCCAGUCAAAGGGCAUUCAUGCAAACAUCUUCAGUGUUUCGACUUCAGUAACUACAUUGAUAUAAAUUCAAGAAGACCAUCUUGGCGCUGCCCACACUGUAAUCAGCAUGUUUGCUACUCAGAUAUUCGUAUAGAUCAAAAUAUGGUCAAGGUCUUGAAAGAGGUUGGGAACGAUGUUGCUGUUGUUAUUAUCUCCACAGACGGGUCAUGGAAGGCUGUCAUGGACAAUGAUGAUCAGUCUGAUAAGGCUCACGAUUCAAAUUGUUCGAAGCAAACGAUUGAGCUGCAGGAGUCUACCGAGCCAAAUGACAUUCAUAAUAUUCUGGAUCUGACUGGUGGUGAUGAUGAUGAAAUGGAUAUCACUGUUAGUAACAUUGAUGACUUGAAACCUUCCAGGGGUGAACUAAAUGUCCUGCCUAGAAAUCAGAAUGUUGGUGCUCCUCAAGUAGAGGAUACAGAUUGGUCUGCUCUCUUCAAUUCUCCAGACUUGUCGACCGCAGUUUGGUCAGAAGCCUUGUUCGGUCCAACAUCUCAGUCUACUCCAGCAACUUUUGUGCAGACUCCUCACUUGGCUGAUGUUUCUCCGGUACCUACUAAUCAUGGAGCUGGCGGUCUUGUAAAUAGUAAUCUCACAGCUUCUGAAAUGAUGAAUCAUUUUUCUUCCCCAAAUUUUCAGUUACAACAGAUGCAGUCUACAAACCCAAAUACUAAUGAGUAUGGGAGAUUUCCAACAUCUUCCCCAGUUCCGAACAGGACACCAAUCGCUAUUCAAGCCCUCGCAGCACAGCCACAGACACCACAAACUUCACAGCAAAUAUUAAGAAACAAUUCGAAUUUCUUAACUCCCAAUUCUUCUGCUAUGGCAUCUCAGAGUGCACCUACAGGUUAUAACACAGUAUUCAGUGAUAUGGAGAGGCGGCAACAUUUUAAUCAAUCCCUUAUAAACCGACCUCAAGCCCCCAACGUUGCCCCAUCUUCAGCACAGCCUUCCUACGUAACACAGAACCGGAAUCAUCAACAUCAAGAUCGUUCAUUUUCAGGUCAACGUCCAAAUGGUUAUAGGCCAUCCACACUCUCAAAUUUUCAAAAUUCACACCUACAAGAAACUUUCAAUAAUGUAAGGAUACCGCAGUCACAUGCCAUCCGACCUUCACAUAUGUUACGAAGCCCAGUUCCCUACCAAGGAGUUACUCAACUGGGAACUCCUCAGGUAUCUCAAGUUAGUGGAAAUCAACAAGCUAGAAUGGCGGGUUUGGCUGCCCAAAGAGAUGCACAUGCAGCUAGACAGGAUUCGACACCUGAGCAGAAUUGGCUUGCUGCAACAGCUCGAAUGCGUGGAAGCUCAAUUCCACCUGCACUUAAUAAUUUGAUUAUUCGGCCUACUCAAUCACCACAACCGUCUCAAGCUCCAAUACUACCAUCAACCCCAGCCACUUCCCCGCAAAUGAUGUUGCCUCAAAUGACCGCUCUUCUUGCCAACAACGACAGAAACGUUCGAGCACUUCAACCUCAUAAUCAUAUCAACUGAAAUGCUGCUGCUCAAAGUGGGUGUGUAAAUAAAUAGCAUGGAAAUUUUUGUAGCUCGUUGUCUCCACUCCAUGUAUAAAAGGUUUGGAAAUGUUUGGGAACCAAAAGCUUUAAUAGUCUUCUGUUAUGUAUGUAGCUAUAGUUUUUUUCUUUUCUUUUCUUUUUUGUUUCAUAUGCAGUGGAAAAUUGGGUUGUCUAAAUGUGCAGUGUUCCAAGCUUUUCGAAUAUUAAUUUUAGAAUGAAACUUAUAUAUAGUCAAAA